AUGGUGAAGGAGAUCCUGAGCAAGGAGGAUUUCGAGACGGCACUCAAGGAGGCGGGAGAGAGGCUGGUAAUAGUGGAUUUUUCGGCCACAUGGUGUGGACCUUGCAAGACCAUCAAGCCUCUCUACCACUCCCUGUCUGUAAAGUAUGAGGAUGUGGUGUUCCUGGAAGUGAAUGCCGAUGAAUGCGAGGAGCUGGUGAAAGAUCGUGACAUCAUUUGCAUCCCAACGUUUCAGUUUUAUAAAAAGGAAGAGAAGGUGGGUGAAUUUUGUGGCGCCCUUCAGGAAAAACUUGAAGAAAUCAUUGUAGAAUUAAAGUAA